AGAUCGUUUUUUUGCCCCCAGCAGGCGCAAGACAAAGUACGGCAGCGCACAGUGGCCGACUGUGCAUUUCUGUCGUGCUUCUGCCCUUAUUAAUCAACUGUGACUGAGAGGGCGACAGCGACCUUUCAGAUGCCUUUGCAGUUUCUUUUUCUUUUCUACCGACCAUCCCCCCUGCAUUGAUAAACCGUUUACAUCAUGUCCUGGCUUUUCGGUUCUUCCAAGACUGCCGCAGUGCCCACUUCUGAGCUACCGGAGAUUGCCAAACCCGCCGAGAAGCCCAAGCCCUGCUGCGUCUGCAAGGACGAAAAGACCUCCCGCGACGAUUGCAUGCUGUUCGCCAAAUCCGACGACCCGCAGGCCGAGUGCACGCCGGUGAUCGAGCAAUACAAGGCCUGUAUGGCUUCUUACGGCUUCAAGGUCUAGCGGGAGGAAAAUCCCGUUUGUUGCUGGCGUGUAUCAUGUACAUUUGUAUUUAUAUUGGCAUACUGGAGUUCUUCUUUUUGUUUUUUCGAUUGUCCCCAUGGAUUGGACAGUAUUAGAUUAAAUAAACUUCUCUCUCU